AUGCCGCCUUACCACGGUGCGCGAAACGGGGGUCGCAAGCCGAUCCUGCCGCUUCCAAAACGCUUGGAGAGCCGGAGGGAAAACCCCGCCAGGGGCAACACCAGGGUGGAGGAAGCCUGUGAAAUGUACACCAGGGCUGCCAACAUGUUCAAGAUCGCCAAAAACUGGAGCGCCGCAGGAAACGCGUUCUGUCAGGCGGCCAAGCUGCACAUGCAGCUGCAGAGCAAACACGACUCGGCCACCAGCUUCGUGGACGCCGGGAACGCCUACAAAAAAGCAGACCCGCAAGAGGCCAUCAACUGCUUAAAUGCAGCUAUCGAUAUCUACACCGACAUGGGGCGAUUCACUAUCGCUGCCAAGCACCACAUCACCAUUGCGGAGAUCUACGAGGCCGAGCUGGUAGACAUUGAAAAGGCGAUUGCACACUACGAGCAGGCUGCAGACUAUUACAAAGGAGAGGAGUCUAACAGCUCAGCCAACAAGUGUCUGCUGAAGGUGGCCGCCUACGCCGCGCAGCUGGAGCAGUACCAGAAGGCGAUCGAAAUCUACGAGCAGGUCGGAACAAACACGAUGGAUAAUCCUUUGCUCAAGUAUAGCGCGAAAGAGUAUUUCUUCAAAGCCGCUCUGUGCCACUUCAUCGUGGAUGAGCUGAACGCGAAGCUUGCGCUUGAGAAAUACGAAGAAAUGUUCCCAGCGUUCACGGAUUCACGGGAGUGCAAGCUAUUGAAAAAACUGCUGGAAGCCCAUGAGGAGCAGAACUGCGAGGCAUACACCGAAGCAGUUAAAGAAUUCGAUUCAAUAUCGCGGUUGGAUCAGUGGCUUACAACCAUGUUGCUUCGCAUCAAAAAGUCAAUCCAAGGAGAAGGGGAUGGGGACCUGAAGUGAAUCGUUCGUGGUGUUUGUGGCAUGCAGCCUAAGUAAUCUGUUCUUGUGUUACAGCCAAGGACCACUGUGGGAUACGUGGUGAAAUAUCUAGCUUUAUUUUGUUGCUUACGAAUCCAAUGACUUGUGUGUUUCUUUACUAUCCCGCUCUUUGUCGUGACAACGUGGGUAGAUGAGAAGCGAUGCUCUGGGUAUCACUGGCAGAUCGUUCUGAGGCGAAAGCAGCACUUCUGGCAGAAACCCUUUCUUGGUUUUGUUAGCUGUGAACCCAAAGUGGGCACUUCCAACUACUAUUUUUUCCCCGCUGUUCUGUCCUAAGGCUCAGUACCGUUGAUUCCAGCAUGUAGGUAUUUUGUCCACGCCAGUACAGUACGAAUAACUGCUUCUGAGCUGUCGCUGUAUCGUUACCGUUUUCUGUUUCUACAUGGACCUCUGUCAGAUACACGUGGACCUUGGUUUUGGGUUUUUUUUUGUUGUUGUUUUUAAAUGAUUGAGCUUUUUUAAUGGUGCUUUGAAAUGAAAGGCUUUGUGACUCUCGUAUACAGUAUGCAUGUGUGUGUAUACAUCCCUAUACAGAUACAUGUGUGCACGUAUAAGUACGGAACACACAACGACCUAGUGCUGAAAGCAUUACACGCUAGGGGACGGGACUGCUUAGAUGGGUGCCAGCCCUCCGGACAGUCGUCGCGAGUAGACCUGGUUAAUGGUGUAUUUUGUAUUUCAGAUCUAAAUAUAAAAUGUAAGGUUCUUCUAUAUUUUCUUGGAUCUAUUUUUCCACUUACUUUAUUUUGUGGUGCAUCCCAUCCCUCCUACCCCGAGGUGACUUGACCCGAGUAAUAAUCUAUUUUUCUAACUUUUCAUUUACGUGAACUCCUGCUGCUGUCUCUACUACAGGUCUCUUGUGUGCACCGGACAACACCCGUUAGUUUCCGACCUCUUUGCUGUUGGCGUGUCGCUCGUUCUUGUGACGCGCGAAGGCGUUGGCUGAGCCUUGACGUUAUGCAGAAACCUUGUUGUAGUUGUCUGGGUGACAGACGAAUCGAGCUUGCUUUGGAAAGCUGUAGACACGUUUAACGAUUCCUGCGGUAAUUUUAGAAAUGUGUUUUAAAAUGUCUGCAGCCAAGGCUCUUCCGCGCAGUGCUUUGUUUUAACUAGAGAUGAUUAAGCCACCUAUUAUCUCAUGUGUCGCUCUUAAGAAGGACUCGGGCGCCUAUGCAAUUUGCCACAGCGGGAGUUGUGACGCGGUGUUUCUCUGUCAUGAAGUGAUUUUCAGCUGCAACACUGUGACGUGUAAA